AUGUUAAAGCAGAACCGGCAAAGCACACCGUUUCUCAAUGAUUCUAGUCUUCAGCCCGAGCAUUUCUAUCAUCAGUGGACUCAGUUGUGCAGCAUCCAUUCCGGCUAAACAAUGACUCCUUUAACAAUCUACAACUACUCUUGAAGACCAUCCGGAAUCAGAAGGGCUUUCGAAGAUAAAUUCGGAUUCGAAUGAGAGUUUUCUAUAUAUCCUUUUGCUAGCGGAAGCACACAGCAGAUCGAUAUUAGCGAUCAGGAA